UGCCCGGCCGGCUGCCAGUCUGCGGUGUCGCGGGUGACCUGUGGUUUAGGAUGAGCCGCCGCGUGUGAGUGUAAGGACGUGACGGCUCCGCGUGUUUACCACACGGGUCUGCGGGAGCCGCAGCGUGUACCUGCAGGCUGUGUGAGAGCGUGUGUGAGCGGCUCGGAGGCAGAUCUUCCACAGAACACGCCCUAGUAGAAAAGGUAGACACACACACUCACGGCGAGAGAGAAACGCACACAAACACACUGAGCCUGAUCACCGAGGAGCCGAGCUGCCUUACCUGUACACAACAGCCCCAAUGCUCCCCUGCAGGCUGCCACCUCCAGCGCACUGUCACCAGAUGAGAGCAGGGCGCGUUUACUUCCACACACUCUGGACUUAUCGUAUAUUUACGCGCGGGGCUCUGAACACCUGGAGAGCCUGCGGGACUCGGCAGGAGGAGUAAAGCUGGGUGUUGUUGCAACAGCGGAGCGUUCAUCCACCGGCAGGGCUGAGUACCAUGAACAGGAAUACGCGGCGCUGGAUUUUCCAUUUUUUCCUGUGCCUCGGGAUAGUGUAUCUGAAAAUCGGGGGGCUGUCGUCGGUGGUGGCGCUGGGAGCGAGCAUCAUCUGUAACAAGAUCCCCGGCUUGGCCCCGCGUCAGAGGACUAUCUGUCAGAGUCGACCCGACGCGAUCAUAGUGAUCGGGGAAGGAGUUCAGAUGGGAAUCAAUGAGUGUCAGUUUCAGUUCAGGCACGGCCGCUGGAACUGCUCAGCCCUGGGGGAGAGGACCGUGUUCGGGAAAGAACUCAGAGUGGGCAGUAAGGAGGCUGCUUUCACCUACGCUAUCAUAGCCGCAGGGGUCGCCCAUGCAGUCACAGCGGCCUGCACCCAGGGGAGCCUGAGUGGCUGCGGUUGUGACAAGGAGAAACAGGGUUUCUACAACCAGCAGGAGGGCUGGAAGUGGGGUGGCUGUUCUGCGGACAUCCACUAUGGACUGAGUUUCUCCAAGGUGUUUGUGGAUGCGCGGGAGAUCAAGCAGAGCGCCAGGACACUCAUGAAUUUACACAACAAUGAAGUGGGACGCAAGGUCCUGGAGAAGAGCAUGCACCUAGAGUGCAAGUGUCAUGGGGUUUCUGGAUCCUGCACCACGAAGACAUGUUGGACGACACUCCCCAAAUUCCGUCAGCUGGGAUACAUGCUCAAAGACAAGUACAACCACGCUGUUCAUGUGGAGCCUGUGCGCGCCAGGCGGAACAAGCGCCCCGCCUUCCUGAAGAUCAAGAAACCACAGUCCUACCGCAAGCCCAAGGACAUGGAGCUAGUCUACAUCGAGAGGUCUCCCAACUACUGCGAGGCUGACCCUCUGACUGGAAGCAUGGGGACGCAGGGCCGUCUGUGUAACAAAACAGCUCAGCAGCCCAACAGCUGUGACCUGAUGUGCUGUGGUCGGGGAUACAACACACAUCAGUACUCGCGUGUUUGGCAGUGCAACUGCAAGUUCCUGUGGUGCUGCUAUGUCAAGUGCAACACGUGCAGUGAGAGGACAGAAGUGUAUACCUGUAAAUAGAUAUGUUUACUGGACAUUCCUUUGUGUUGUUCGUGGGUUUCAGUAUCUGUGGAGAGACUGCCUUGCUGCCCUUGUGUUACAGCAAUCACAGCUUUUUCAUUCAACUUUGUCGAUUAUAAUGAUGCCAAUGGACAUCUGCCACGACACUGGACUUGAGCUAUCAGCUUCACAAAUGUUCUUUUUGUGUUUUAAAUUGAUUGACAUUUUGUGCUGCAUGCUUAACGUUUUCACAGGCCGUACUGGUCUACUGGCAUGACUCACCUUAAACAGUAGGCCUAACAGGUUUUUAUUUUAUUUUCUUUUUCUUUUGUUAAUCGACUAAUAAUUUAUUUGAUGAGAAAACUACUGAUCAUUUUGAAGAUUCACUGCAACUAAAUCUAGUAAAGGUUUGGUGGUGUAGAUUCCGGUUUUUAGAAAAGAAAAAAGAAACGGGCACUUAAGGUUUUUCUUUGUUACUUUUUUUUGAAGACUUAAACACUGGAUAUAAAAACUCAAACAGUCUGAACUAACCAAUAGUGAAUAUUUGGGAAACUACAGCAGAACAUUAAACUACUGAUUAUGGGUCAAGUAUGAUAGUAUUGUUUUCUACUUGUUCUCUGUCCCAUUUCCUCUUCACUUUGCUGCUAGUUGUCUGGAAAGGUGUGGUCGAGCAGCCACAUUUUUAGUUAACCCCAGGAGCAAAUGCAAGCUUCCAGAUCUAAAUCCCCAUGUUGCUGGUUAAUAGAAAAUAUUUUGUAAGAGUUUAUUUUUAUAUAAAUAUUUCUUUAUUUAUUUCCCAUCUUUGUUUAAGAUGCGUUUUCCCUUUAUGUUAGUAAUUGUGUGUGUUACUGAUUUCAGGAAAUGACCCACUACAAUUUAAAUAUAAGUCCUGCACACUUGCUAACACGUUUAUUUAGUCACAACAUUUUGGUCUGACUGACCUUCAGGAGGUACAUUGUAUGUCUGUAUAUUCACACACACACACACACACACACACACACACACACACACACACACACACACACACACACACACACACACACACAGCUAUUUGUUAUUACUCAUUAGCACACACACACACUGCUGUGAAAAAGUAUUUGUCCACUUUCAGAUUUUGUUUCGGGUCAGCUAACAAAUUGUAAUCUUAGACAAAGAAAAAUUAUGAUUUGAUUUAUUAUAGGUAAAAAAAAUCUGACUCUGUGUGAAAAGUCAGUGUUAAUGAUUUAACAAUAAGAAAGAGACUGGGCAAGGCACGUCUCAGAUUUGCCAAAAAUGCCCUGAUGAUCUCCAAGACUUGGGUUAGGGUAGGGAAAAUAUCCUGUGGAAUAUUACUCUGUUUGAGCUCUGUUACUUUUUGUGUAAAAAUAAAUGUAGCAUCAUACCAGCAGACAGACAGGGUGGUGGUAGUGUGAUGGUCUGGAACAGUGUGAAUUCUGCUCUCUACCAGAAAAUCCUGAAGGAUAAUGUCCGGCCAUCAGUUCAUGCCCUGAAGUGCAAGCACAUUUGAGUUAUGAAGCAGGACUAUGACAAAGAGUGGGCCAAAAUUCCUCCCCAGUAAUGCGAAAGACUCAUUGGCAGUUAUCGCAAACGCUUGAUUGCAGUUCUUACAGCCAAGGGUGGCACAACCAGUUAUUAGGUUUAGGGGGCAAUUACCUUGUCACACAAGGCAAGGUAGGUUUAGAUAACCUUUUCUUUCCCUCAAUAAAUUAAAACACAACUUAAAAAUUGUUUGUCUAAUAUUGUUUAAUGUAUGAAACAUUUAAAUGUGACAAAUAUGCAGAAAACUAAGAAGUCAAGAAAGAGGCAAAUACUUUUUUCACCCCACUGCAUAUAAUAAUCACUUAAUGGAUGACACUUCCCAUGUGUAUAUGCCAUUAUUCAGAUAAAAAACCAUUAGUCUGACAUGUUUCAAAGCUAAUCAUAACACAUAUACAACUACUCUCCUCUACAGAAACAUCCGCACAGAUGGAAAUGGUACAAUGGCUAAUCGUUGUUGAAUGCGUUAUCUUUAAAUUGUUGUGGCAUUUUUCCCUCCAUGCACCUGUUAACCAUUCAAAUGUACAGAGGUUUUUUGAACUAUGAAAUCAUUCGCUGAAACACUGUUUUAAAGAUGUGCCUUUAUCCUUGUUAGCACAAUAUAAUUCUUUUACACUGAAAUGUGUGUUCAGGAAAAUGCUAAUAUUACCUUCAGGAUAGGUGUUCCAUGAAUGUUUCUUUUGUCUGUAUUAUUAAAAAAAAUACCAUUACAGUUUCAUCUUAUCUGAACUUUACAAGCUUCUUUAUUCCUUAAUUACGCAGGCCUAGAUAAGGGUCGCUGAUUCCCUGGCUGGUCGUUAGGGGAAAAUGUGUACACUGCAACCAGCAUAACCUUUUCCACUUCUAGUUUUAGCUAUACCUUCUCAAUUGUUUAAAGUUUUGUAAGUGCUUGCAGACAAAUCAUGCAAACUAUGGGAGACCAUGGCAGUCUACUAGUGACCAAAGCAAUCACAAGGAAGUUUUUGGUGCAGCACUUUCUUUGCAACCAAUUUCACAUGGUGAUAUCAAGCAACCUCGGGCAACCAUUCACCACUCAGUUGGUUAAUAGACUUUUUCCGCUUGCAGCUAGAAGUUGUCAGGGGGUUACUGGCCCCAAGACCUGUGUGACUGAUGCCUUAGUUACCUAGCUAGGUAGCUUGUUUAGCUAACCCUUUAGCUAAAUAAAUCAAACACAGAUUUUGUUAGCAUGCAACAUCAAUCAACUAUGAAAUGCCUGUGGCACAGAUUCUAGUUUUGUGUUAUCGUUCAGCUUCAUUAUAAGUUAUAUUAUAAAUUCCUAUUCAUUUUCUCCAUUGAAGUUUCAGAAACUCCGUAUAAAAUCAGUUUUGAACGUACCCAGCCAACUAUCAGGUGAAUCAUGACCAUAAAAAGAAUUUUGAUCUGCAUCAAAAACAAAAACAAAAACAAAAA